AUGGGGGUGACGGGAACUGAGAGGGUGAAUUGUGCAGCCUUCAUGUUUCAAGACCAUGCCCGCGUCUGGUGGGACAUAGUGGGUCAGACCCAAGAUGUCAGUGUGAUGACAUGGGAAGAGUUCAAGAAACUUUUUGAGGGAAAGUUUUAUAAUGUUGCUGUGAGGACUUCACAUCAGGAAGAUUUUGUGAAGUUGACUCAGGGAAAGAUGUCUGUGGCCGAGUAUACUCUGGAGUUUGAUCGGUUGUCAAAAUUUGCUGACUUGGCCUUAAUUGCUGAGGAGGCCGAGCAGCAAGUAAUGAAAGAGCAGGCUGCAAAGGAUGUCGUCACGACAUCAAAUCCUCCUACUAGUGGUAAUAUCAGUAAGGGCACCGACAGUGGCAACCCUGAGCACAAACGGAAGGCUGAAGCUUCCAAAGGAUCAGAGGGAAAUAGAAAGUUUCGGGGAAACAGAGGUGGCCGUCAGGGUCGCGAGUCCUUAUUCCGAUCAUAUCCCGAGUGUCCUAAAUGCAAGAAGCAUCAUCCUGAUUUUCUGUCUAAGUAUGGAGCGACAAUUGACUGUAAACGAAAGAUGGUAGUGUUUGAGCCUGAUAGUGCUAACCCAGCGGUGUUCGUGGGUAAGGUUCAGGGGGCACGCAUACUGAGAAUAACACUAUUGAAAGCUAAGGACCUGAUGGGUAGAGGUUGUCUGGGGUUCAUAGUCACUGCAGUGGAUACCAGCCAACCUGACUUGAAUAUGAGACAGAGACGCUGGCUAGAGUUGGUAAAGGACUAUGACUGUGAGAUCCUUUAUCACCCUGGUAAGGCCAACGUGGUUGUUGACGCCUUGAGUAGAAAAGGCAUGAAGAAUGACAUUGCUGAAUAUGUUGCAAACUGUCUUACGUGUCAGCAAGUGAAAGCUGAGCACCAGCGACCUGCAGGGUUACUGCAACCACUGAAUAUACCAGAGUGGAAAUGGGAGGACAUUGCUAUGGACUUCGUCGUAGAAAUUGUACGUCUUCAUGGUGUCCCAAAGUCCAUUGAAUCAGAUAUAGAUUCGAAGUUUACAUCAAGAUUCUGGGAGAGUCUGCAUCAAGCUAUGGGUGCUCAGUUAAAGUUCAUAUUGGAACUUCAGCUAGACUUGUCAUACGAGGAACAACCUGUGCAAAUACUCGAUAGAAGGGAGAAAGUCUUGAGAAGCAAGACAGUGGCACUGGGGAAAGUACUGUGGACGACUAGUAAAGUGGAAGAGGCAACCUAG